AUGGGAUUAUCGUCAACUCGGGCCCUCGCCGACGGCUUCGGAUUGCUUCCCAUCUCAUUUUUCUGCUAUACCUUCCGCAUAUUUUUCGCCCGGUAUCUGUCCUACGUAUUACUCAAUUGCUUGCUCAACCGUCGUCAAUAUUGGCACUGUGACAGAGACGAGAGCAACAUGUUGUCCGAGGUACGUCUUUUCUUCAGACAAUUCAUCAUCGCAUCCUUGCUGACGAAUGUUGGACUCGAUAGCGCAUAUAGUUGCCAACUAGAUAAAACUGGCUGGCCAUGGUAUUCAACGGAGCUUUGCACGUUUCAAGGAUCGGUGACGAGCACGUUUUUAUUUACUGCGUCGGAAUCAAUUUCAACGGCUACCGGUCUUGCGAAUCUCAAUGCAUACGGUAUGGAGGUUAGAUGGCAGGCGUCCGAUACAUCUCCCCCGAGCACAACCGCCUCUUCGACUUUAUCUACCUCGGUAUCUGCGUCGCCAGCUUCAACUGCCGUGUCAACCUCUCUUCCCACGUCCACGCCCACAUCAUCUGCAUCCACAUCAUCUCUAUCCACAGGCGCGAAAGCGGGAAUUGGUAUUGGUGCCGCAGUUGCUGCUUUACUGAUUCUAACUGGCAUUGUAUUUUUCUUUAUUCGCCGCCGUCGAAGCUACGUUGCCGCCAGUACGCAAGAUCCGACGCAGUUCACGCCGGGACAGUUACAGCAACAGCAGUACUAUGUGGAAGCCGCGGCGGGUGAUGUACAAAGCAAAGCCCCAUUUCAUGAGUUGCCGGCACAAGGUCGGGAGAAGGCUCCUGUAGAGUUGAGCUCUGAGUCGUGGAGAUGA